AUGCGUAAGAGGUAUCUGGGCAUCACCCGACCUUUAACAUACCCGGCACGUCAGAACGGUCAACUGAUGGCGAAGAUGAUCUUCGGCGUGUGGUUGGUGUCGGCGUCCAUCACGCUUCCGCCAUUUUGCGGCUGGGCGAAGAACAUCAACGAAGAGGGAGUGUGUCUGAUCAGCCAGGACUUCAGCUAUACCAUCUACUCCACCGCUGUGGCCUUCUACAUCCCCAUGCUUGUCAUGCUCUUCAUGUAUUACAAGAUCUUCAAGGCGGCGAGAAAGAGUGGCGCCAAGCACCGCUUCGAAUCGGUGAGGAUGCAAGGGCUCAAAACGCAGCAGCACCCGGUGGCCGAGGAUUGCGUGGCUCUGUCUCGGCUCCUCAGCCCCGAACGCCAGAACAUGUCCAUCUUCAAACGUGAACAGAAGGCUGCCACCACGUUGGGCGUCAUCCUUGGAGUCUUUACCAUCUGCUGGCUGCCUUUUUUCAUCCUGACCACGGCGAGGCCGUUUAUAUGUGGCAUCGAGUGCAGCUGUGUCCCGAUUUGGAUCGAGAGGACACUUCUGUGGUUCGGCUACGCCAACUCGCUCGUCAAUCCCUUUAUUUACGCGUUCUUUAACCGCGACUUGCGCUCGACCUACUGGGAUUUGCUACGGUGCCGUUACCGCAACAUCAACCGACGACUCUCCGCCGUCGGCGUACACGAAGCCCUGAAGUUUUGAAACAAGACCAGGUUUUUCCAGACGCUCAUACACACAAAGGUCGUUGCCAGAUUUGGAUCCUAUGUGGAAAGGGGAUUUUUUUUUUUUUUCUUUCCAGAAACUAUGAAGGAUG